AUGAAGCUACACAUUCUAGGACCGGCAUUCGGACUACCUUCGAUAGACGCAGAGUGCAUUGCUGCUGUGGCAUUGAUCGAGCGCUACACACAAGGCAGCAGUCAAGCAUGGGCUCUAGUCGCCAGCCAUGAAGCCGCGCCAGGCACUCAUUUUCCCUUUCUCCAAGUCGGCGACGAAACAUACUCUGGUUUCGACAGGAUAGCGCAAUACCUCGUCGAUGCAUCUGGUAGCACUGUUCCUGGAUUGGCCACCAACUUGACCGCACAACAACAAGCUGAUGCGACAGCCCUCUCCGCCUUCAUCAAGUCAGAAGGUCAACUGCUACUCGACAUCUCGCUAUAUGUUUCGUUCGAGAAUUAUCGCAACCGCACCCGUUCCGCUUUCACCAAGAUUCUCCCGUGGUACGCCAACUUUGUUGUCCCUCCCCAGCGCCGCCAUGAAGCCAGACAACGCACCCAGCACCUGGGAGUCUCCAGUCUUGAUGUCGACGACAUACACGAGGAUGUAAUCGACAAGCCGUCGAGCAUGCAGUCGGAACAGCAGAAGAAGCCUCUCGAGCACGAGACGGAGAAGCACGCCAGAAGACUGCUGGGUCGUAGAGAUACUGUUCGCACAUUACUGCAACAACCAGAGCACGCCGCCGCUUUCAAGCUGAACGCCCUGGCCGACAAUUUCUUUGAGCCGCUGCAGGACCUUUUGAAAAAUCAGUCCAACCUCCUUGGCACCGACCAACCUGCCGUUGUCGACUGUCUGGCCUUUGGGUACAUGAGCUUGAUGUUCUACCCCAAGAUGCCUCAGAAUUGGCUUGCUUCCACUAUGCGCCUCAAGUAUCAGAAGCUCGUCGUCUACCUCGGCUCUUUGAGAGAUGCCCUCCGAGUCGACGCCCACCCAGACGAAGCUUUGAGCGCUCUUUCACAGUCUGAGAAGGGCGCUGCAGACCUCCCUUGGCUAUCGCCGCAAUCCUUUGGUCCCAUAGCCGUUGUCAGAUACAUUGGACAGAGUCUCUUCAGCCAUCUACCCCUACCAAAUAGUAGCUCAGGUCUGCAACAUUUGCCCAGCGAUCGUCAGCCUAGCCUGCUUCAGAGAUAUCUUCCUGCAGUCCUUGGCCUAACCUCUACCUCGAUCGCUUUGGCAGCAUUCUGGGCAUACAACAACCUCACAUGGCCACACGGAGAAGCAGUCCACUUUUUUGGCCGAAGGAGGUUCGUCGACUAUGGUGCUGCUGGCGCAACUUUGUCGGCU